ACACCGUCAGCACCCCUAGACCCGCACCCGUACAGGAUCCAAACUCCAUCUUUUAGUUCAUCUGAUCUGAGCCCUCUUUAGGCUCUGUUGGCGUUUGUUUAGAAACAAAGCCUCGUAUUUUUUUUUUUUCUUAUUUCUUCUUCACCUUCAAAACCUCACUAACUACGCUCAGAGCGGGCCAGCGAGCAAACAUUUAGAGAGAGAGAGGGGCUAACAGGUCUGUACAGUUUCUCUAGAUCUCAGAGAUUCAUUUGGCUUUGCGAUGGCUCAGCCUCUCGUAAAGAAGGACGACGAUCGUGACGAUGAAGAGUACUCUCCGUUUCUGGGGAUCGAGAAGGGUGCUGUUCUUCAGGAAGCCAGGGUUUUCAAUGAUCCUCAGCUAGACUCUAGAAGAUGCUCUCAGGUCAUUACGAAGCUUCUGUAUCUACUGAACCAGGGAGAAACCUUUACAAAGGUUGAAGCUACGGAAGUUUUCUUUUCCGUGACUAAGCUUUUCCAAUCGAGAGAUAUAGGAUUGAGGAGAAUGGUUUAUCUGAUCAUAAAAGAGCUCUCUCCCUCUGCGGAUGAGGUUAUUAUUGUGACAAGCUCCCUGAUGAAGGAUAUGAAUAGUAAAACUGAUAUGUAUCGGGCAAAUGCCAUCCGUGUGCUGUGUCGGAUUACAGAUGGAACCCUUCUGACCCAGAUUGAGCGGUAUUUAAAACAAGCCAUUGUCGACAAGAAUCCAGUGGUUGCAAGUGCAGCUCUAGUUAGUGGGAUCCAUCUACUCCAGACUAACCCAGAGAUUGUCAAAAGGUGGAGUAAUGAGGUUCAGGAAGCUGUCCAGUCAAGAGCUGCCCUCGUACAGUUCCAUGCACUGGCUUUGCUCCAUCAGAUACGACAGAAUGACCGUCUUGCUGUUAGCAAGUUGGUUACCAGCUUGACAAGGGGGACUGUCCGUUCACCAUUGGCCCAAUGUCUAUUGAUCCGAUAUACUAGUCAGGUUAUCCGCGAGUCAGCUGGAAAUGCACAAAUGGGCGACCGUCCUUUUUACGAUUAUCUUGAGGGGUGUCUUCGCCACAAAGCAGAGAUGGUGAUUUUUGAGGCUGCCAGAGCAAUUACAGAGCUCCAUGGCGUGACCACCAGAGAACUGACUCCUGCAAUCACAGUUCUUCAGCUAUUUUUGAGCUCUUCCAAGCCAGUGCUAAGAUUUGCUGCUGUCCGCACUUUGAACAAGGUGGCAAUGACACAUCCAAUGGCUGUCACAAACUGCAACAUUGAUAUGGAGAGUUUGAUUUCUGACCAGAACAGAAGUAUUGCCACACUGGCAAUCACCACACUUCUGAAGACAGGAAAUGAAUCAAGUGUGGAUCGCUUGAUGAAGCAAAUAACUAAUUUCAUGUCAGAUAUUGCUGAUGAGUUCAAAAUUGUAGUUGUGGAAGCCAUAAGAUCAUUGUGUUUGAAGUUUCCACUGAAGUACAGAGCUCUGAUGAACUUUCUCAGCAACAUUCUCAGAGAAGAAGGUGGAUUUGAGUACAAAAAGGCAAUUGUUGAUUCAAUUGUGAUUCUCAUAAGAGAUAUCCCUGAUGCAAAGGAAAGUGGCUUGCUUCAUCUUUGUGAGUUCAUUGAAGAUUGUGAAUUCACCUAUCUUUCUACACAGAUACUCCACUUUUUGGGUAUUGAAGGGCCAAAAACCUCUGAUCCAAGCAAAUACAUACGGUAUAUUUAUAACCGAGUGCAUCUUGAGAAUGCCACUGUUCGAGCCAGUGCUGUGAGCACAUUGGCAAAAUUUGGUGCUUUGGUUGAUUCAUUGAAGCCACGAGUAUUUAUUCUGUUAAGACGAUGUCUCUUUGACAGUGAUGAUGAGGUUCGUGAUAGGGCAACGCUCUAUCUAAAUACGCUUGGAGGAGAUGGUUCAGUAGUUGAGACUGACAGUGAUGUAAAGGACUUCCUCUUUGGGUCUCUGGAUGUGCCACUUGUCAAUCUGGAGACAAGUUUGAAGAAUUAUGAGGCUUCAGAAGAACCUUUUGACAUUAAUUCUGUACCCAAGGAGAUUAAGUCCCAGCCACUUGCUGAGAAGAAAGCCCAGAGUAAAAAGCCAACUGGUCUGGGUGUGACUCCAAGUGCCCCUGUAUCCACAGUUGAUGCUUAUGAGAAGUUGCUUUCCUCCAUUCCGGAGUUUUCAAACUUUGGCAAGCUAUUCAAGUCCUCAGCACCUGUGGAGUUGACAGAGCCAGAAACCGAAUAUGCAGUUAAUGUUGUCAAGCACAUCUUUGAUAGUCAUGUUGUAUUCCAGUACAACUGCACCAAUACCAUUCCCGAGCAAUUACUGGAAAAUGUUAUUGUGGCCGUGGAUGCUUCAGAAGCAGAGGAAUUUUCUGAAGUUGCAUCUAAGCCUCUUGCGUCUCUUCCUUAUGAUACACCUGGACAGACCUUUUUGGCAUUUGAGAGGCCAGAAGGUGUCCCCGCAGUCGGAAAAUUUUCGAACACAUUGAGGUUCAUUGUUAAAGAGGUUGAUCCAACCACUGGCGAGGCAGAGGAAGAUGGUGUGGAAGAUGAAUACCAGCUGGAGGAUCUUGAGGUUGUACCUGCUGAUUACAUUUUGAAGGUUCCAGUCUUCAAUUUCAGGAAUGCAUGGGAAAGCAUGGGCCCUGAUUUUGAGCGGAUAGAUGAAUAUGGCCUGGGACAAAGGGAGAGCUUGACUGAAGCUGUUAAUACUGUCAUCAACCUCCUUGGACUGCAGCCCUGUGAGGGCACAGAGGUUCUCGCCAGCAACUCAAGGUCACACACAUGUCUAUUGUCUGGUGUAUACAUAGGCAAUGUGAAGGUCCUUGUGCGGUUGUCUUUUGGAAUAGAUAGUUCAAGGGAGGUUGCCAUGAAACUGGCCGUUAGAUCUGAGGAUGAAGCCGUCAGUGAUGCCAUUCAUGAGAUUGUGGGCAGCGGCUAGUUGGUUAAUACAGGCGAUCUUUUAUUGAUACGACGGUCUUUUCAUUUUUCUCUAAUGAGAGCACUGGCAGAGAUGGCUGUAUACAGAUCAAACAUUUUGUAGAAAGAAUUGCACAUUACUACAUUUGAAAGUUGAGGGGGCUUGCAAGAGGUCAAUUUGCAUUUUUAUCGAGCGUUUGCCUGCUCAUGUGUUUAAUUAGUAAUAAUAGUCGGAAGAAUCGUGUCAAGCUCAUUGGAUUGACUUACCUUUUACCCUAUUUUUUUGUUUUUCUUUUCUUUAAAUUCAAGUGUAGUUUUCCAUUACAUUUGUUAAUGUACAAGACAUGAAUUUUGAAGCACUCUGAAUUACAAAGAAGUGAAUUGUAUUGUUUGGUUCCA